CACAAUCGAUCUGCGCACAUAACCACCAUGCCUCUUAUUGAUCCAGAGGCUCCGGCUCCGGCGGCUGAAACUCCCGUCGAGGAGCUUACAAGGCUGCCUUUUCCUCCAGUCACCUACUCCCACAUCUUAAACUGCUCUUACCAUCAAUGGCAACCUCGAUACCGCACCCUCGUCCCUAAAUCCCGCGCCAUCCGCCUCAGCGACUCCUUCGUUUCCUACCUCCGAGCCGACGGUAUCGUCUUGCCGCCAGAAGCUGCCCCGCCGAAGGACGCCGACGACGACGACGACGACACAUUCUCCGAUGACGGUGCCGCCGAAGAACCCGACCCGUCCCUCGAGUGGCCGGAAAUCCACGCCCAGGUCAAGUCUACAAUCACCGAAUAUGGCGGCAAAGUGACGCCCAAGCUAAACUGGAGUGCGCCCAAAGAUGCAACCUGGAUGUCCGCCACCAACGACACGCAAUGUCGCACAGCCAACGACAUCUAUCUCCUCUUGAAAAGCAGCGACUUUAUCACCCACGACCUGGAACAUCCUUUCGAUGACUGUGUUCCGGAUUCCACCGACACCUCUUCCUCCACCCCACCUGAAAUCCCCUACUACCUCGUUCUCCGCAAAUACGUCAACUUCAACCCGUCGCUCGAAUUCCGGUGUUUCGUGCGCAACAAGGUCCUUUUGUGUAUUUGUCAGCGUGAUCAGAACCAUUUCGAUUUCCUCUUCCCUAUGCGGGAUUCCCUCCGGUCUCGGAUCCAGUCCUUCUUCGAUGAUAAACUGAGGGAUACGUUCCCCGAUCCAAACUUCGUGUUUGAUGUCUACAUCCCGCCUCCGCAUGAACGGGUGUGGCUCAUUGAUAUCAACCCGUGGGCUGAGAGGACCGAUUCGCUUCUGUUCAGUUGGCUGGAGAUCUUGCGGAUGAAGGAUCCCGUAGGUAUCCAGGAGGAAGAGGUGCAGUUCGUGCGACUUUCACUCAAUGGACAUGCGGAUGCAGAAGCAGCCGAGGAAUCCGAAUCUGAGUCCGAGUCCGAGUCCGAAUCUGAACCUACCAACGAGGACGAUGCUCCUUUGUUCCCCGAGUUCCGUCUCAUCAAGCGUGAUGACCCCGAAGCAUAUGCGUUCACGACCCCGCAGUACUCCGCCCAUAAGCUACCGAAGGAAGUUGUCGACGCUUCCCUCACCGGACCUGGUGGCAUGAGUGAGUUCCUGGGACAGUGGCAGGAUAUUUUGGCCAAGCAGGCGCAAGAAUCUGAGUCGGAGACCGAAGGUCAAUAAUAGUUACUGCUCACAUGAUCAAUUGUAUUGCUACGAAUAUUCAGUGUUCAGCAUAGACGGCGUUACGGAUUAGCGGGGAGGAUAAAUAAAAGUUGGUGCUUCAAUUCCUU